AUACGUACGCAAAGUUCAUAGACUUUCAAGAAAACGCUGUUUUGUAUGUGAUGUGUUGAUGCAUCCGAAUAAGAGAGGAAGUUAUAAAUGUUGCGCGUGUUGACGAAGCUGGAGGGAAAAGCUCCAGGUUAUUCCCAUUGUGCUACACUUGUAGUGUAUUUGACAUGUUGGUUCAGAAGCAGUAUAGUUUCACGAAAUAAGGCAUUGUUUGACAGCAAACGAUGCAGUCGCGUACUCAGGUCUGAUUAUUGGGACGUGAGAUUAGCGUAUAUGGGAUCACUGUGUCUUAUACGGUGAAUUGAAGUUGGUGCUAAAAUAAAAUUACUAUGAGUGCAUACAGGUCAGAACAGACGUGAUGAACAGUUUACUGCUUUCCGGAGCUGUUUAAUUUCUUUAAUGUAGCUAGUAAUGGAGACGGAGUCUGUGAAGUCGGCUGUGAGCGAACAGAGUACCAGAUCCAGGAGAUCACGAAGUCAUACUCACAGGAACAACCACAGACUACAUAAUAAUCAUAGCUUAAGGAGCAGCCGAAGUAACAGGAAAGCAGAGGAUUCUAUGGCACCCUUCCAGACGUCUGUCACUCUUAGAGAUGAAAAUCGUGGUGGUCAGGAGGUGAUUGAAGUUCAGAUUCUUCCGCAGGAUGACAACUGGGGUGAAAACACUACUGCCUUGACAGGCAACACUUCUGAGCAGUCAGAUGCAGAGGAAAUGGCUGUGAGCCAGUGGAAUGGAGAACCUGACACAGGCUUUAGUUUCAUGUGUCAUCGAUAUCUGGGAUCUGCCCUAACUGGAUUUGUGUGUGUUGCAGCUUUCCUCAGUCCCCCUGCAAUGGUGGUAUUACCACGACUCCCAGGGCUGUUACCGAUGCCACUUCUGCCUAGUCACCAGCAGUCAACACUGGCAUGUGGCACUGAAUGCAAGGGUUUGCUUCUAGCUCUUGCUUUCAAGUUAGUGAUACUGGCUGUCGGUGCAUGGGCACUCUUCCUCAGGCGACCACCCAGAGCUACUAUGCCUAGAAUAUUCCUGCUGCGGGCAGCAGUCAAUGGACUAGUGUUAAUUUGCACGUUUGCUUACUGGCUGUUUUAUGUUGUGCAGGUCACAGAGGGUGGACUGACAGGUGGAGAGGCAGUAGAAUACAGAGGUCUUGUAUCUUAUGCUGGAAGUUUGACGGACACACUGUUGUUCAUUCACUAUUUGGCUGUCGUAUUAGUAGAACUUCGACACUUGCAGCCUAUGUAUUACAUUAAGAUUGUACGAAGUCCUGAUGGUGAGAGCCGUUCCUAUGCUAUUGGACAGCUAAGCAUUCAGCGUGCAGCUGUUUGGGUGUUAGAACAUUACUACACUGAUUUUCCUAUAUAUAAUCCAUAUCUGGAACGGUUACCAGUUUCAAAGUCGCACAAAAGUGGCUCAAGUUUUAAAUUCUAUGAUGUAGAUGGAAUCAACAACACUUCAGUGCAGAGUCAAUCUCGGGCAGUGCUGGCAGCACAUGCUAGGAGAAGAGACUCUAGCCACAAUGAACGUUUCUAUGAGGAACAUGACUAUGAGCGGAGGGUGAAAAAACGAAGAGCACGGCUGAUAACAGCAGCCGAAGAAGCAUUUACACACAUCAAGAGGCUGCACAAUGAUCAGGGAGAUGCGUUAAAUAGGCAUGUUCUGGCAAAUACAGUUCCAGCAAUUCCAAUGGAUCCACAUGAAGCAGCCCAGGCCGUUUUUCCAUCAAUGGCACGGGCAUUACAGAAAUACUUGCGCAUCACCCGGCAACAACCACGGCAUUCGGUGGAAUCUAUUUUAGCACACUUAGCAAAGUGUUUAAGUCAUGAUUUCACACCCAGGGCAUUCCUUGAACCUUAUUUGGUGCCUUCUCCAGUUCUGCAGAAUGAAAAAGAACAAAAGUCAGUUCAGACAUGGGCUUUGAUUUGUGACGAGUUGCUGUCACGAUCCAUUACUGAUGGCACGUGCUUCCAGCUGCGUCAGAAUGAUGUUUCUCUUCUCUGUAAUGUGAAAACAUUACCACAUUUCAAUAUAACUGAAGAAGUUGUGGACCCAAAAUCGAAUAAAUUUGUGCUUCGUCUAAAUUCAGAAACAUCAGUGUAAUAUAAGGAUUGACAGUAUUACUUUUUUUACUUUUGUAUGUAUUACUUCAUAUUAAAAUAAAUGUUGCCUUUACUCUUUGCUAUUCAGACUUUUUAUAUAAAAUUUUUUUUGUAAUGUAAUAUAUAAACAUACUGUGCUUCAUAUAUAGUGCAUCGCGUAACAACAGACAGCUUAUACCAUAAACCUGAAAACUUUUGGACUGCUGUUGUCAUUUUAAAGGGUUCCUUAUGACUGAAAUAACUGACACAUUAUUUGUGGAUAAAUGACAGCAUGUAACGUAUAUGUUUAGUAAUUGCGGUGUUUAUGAUUUGUAUAUUUUGAGAAAGACAAGAAUGAAAGAUUCUCCUUUGUUGACAAACGUGAUUCUAAAGUAAACUUCAUCCAAUUCAUAUAGCACAUAUUGGGUUUUGAUACUGAAAACCCUUAAGACAUUAUACUGCUCAGAAUAAGUUUUGUGAGCCUGUUCAGUCUGCAUUAUGUGAGUAAUGUAAAGCAUAUUUCAAGAAAAACUGAUUUAAAAGUUUCUUGCAUUUUAUUCUUAAAUUGCAGUGCACAUUCACAUAGAAUGUGUAUUUGUACUGAUUAGCAUUAGUUAGCAGUUUUGAUUUAUUAAACUGAUGCUCUGUUUUGCGCAGGUGUUGUUGGAGUACUAUGCAGAACAGCGUUUUGCAGAACUAUAGGCACAAAGUUAGUUUUAGUGCAGUUCCAACAAACUUCAAGUGAAAGUGUGCAGCCUAGGGCUUUCACCUAUUUUCUGUUUUUGUUAUUACUUGAAAUAGGUGUUUAAUGUGCAAUUUCUGGCAAAUUUUGGAAAUGCAGAAUAAUAAAAGCACAAAACAAAAUUGACAAAUAAUAUUUGUUUACAUGCUUCAUAUAUGAACUGUACACUCUUAUCGCCUCACUUCAGAAUGCUGUAACUAGUACUCAGUUUUGAAUAUUGAAUUAAUUCAGGUAUGCAGCACUCAAAGACUGCAGCAAACUGAACAGCUUUAACAAAAUUUAAAUAUUUUUUUGUAAUUAUAUGUUGUGGAAAUAUAUAUAAUGUAUAAAGUUUAGUUAGUGAUAACAUUGUUCUCGGAGUGAUGUGCUUGUGAGUGUGACUUUUGUAGAACAUUUGAGAAGUGUAGUGAUUUUGGAGAAUUGAGUGAUAGAUAUAAAAAUUUCAAUUAUUUUAAGUAUAGUGAACAGUCGAUUGAUACAGAAACAUCAAUUUUUGUGAUACAUUUCAUUCCUCAAAAUAUUUAUGACAAAGUUUUGUAUUAUAAAAGGAUACACUGGAGUGCCUCUGAUUCCUCAGGAGUUUUAGCAACAUUGAAUCACUCAUAUGGAAGAAAAGAAUUAAAAUAUAUUAUCUGUAUAUUCAUUAAAGCACCACUAUGCAGAGUGAGAAAAUUGUAAUUUGUGAGAAUUAUUGUCUGAAGAAGACCUGAUUUGCAGCUUUAAUACUUGACUUCUUCUCAUCAAAUGAAGAAUAAUGUACAGUUUUUUUAAUAAAGAAUUUUAUAUUGUGAUUUUGUUUUUCGGGUUCAUAGAAACUUUAACACUGUAAAUAUGAGGUGUGCUUAAAAUGUAAUGGGACUGAUUUCCUAGAAAUACCUUUUAACACCUAAGCUACAAAUUAACAUUUUUGUGUAGAAUUGUUUGCCUCUAUAUAAUGACAUUGUUGUUAGCAGACCACCAAAUACUAGCAAAAACAGUUGCAUUGAAUCUCAGUGUACUUCUACUCUCAGUGCUUCAGCUUCCUGUAAGAAUGUUGGAAAUAGUCUUCUCAAGUUAUUUACUUUUCAGCCUUUCAAAUGUCCUUAGUUGCAAGGCAUUUGCUUACUGGGUUGUUUUUAGUUUAGUUAGGGGCACGAAGCUAUUGUUUUGGCUCAUAGGUGGGAAUCGGCUAUAAUGCAGAAUUUAAACUGUAACCUUCCUGCCAAAAUUUAUCAUUAUAUGAGCUGCCUUUGCUAUAAAUAUGAUGCUAGCUCAUAUUGAAGUGCAAACUAUUGCUUUAUAUAUAUAUAUAUAUAUAUAUAUAUAUAUAUAUAAUAGAGGGAAACAU